CGAGAGUACUAGAAGGCGGAAGCACAGUUAGUGCAGGAUGCGGUUCCUGGUUGCGUUGAUCCCGCUGAGCGUCGCGGUGACGGUAACCCAACCGCUAGUAAACUCUAGCGAGUCGCAACCGCAGGCCCCUGGAGACGGUUCCAGCAAUGUGAAUGCCAAGCUACAGCCCUCGGGAGACGGCGCCGGCAGGGCCAAUGCCCAGCUACAGCCCACGGGAGACGGCGCCGGCAGGGCCAAUGCCCAGCUACAGCCCUCGGGAGACGGCGCCGGCAGGGCCAAUGCCCAGCUACAGCCCACGGGAGACGGCGCCGGCAGGGCCAAUGCCCAGCUACAGCCCUCGGGAGACGGCGCCGGCAGGGCCAAUGCCCAGCUACAGCCCACGGGAGACGGCACCGGCAGGGCGAAUGCCCAGCUACAGCCCUCGGGAGACGGCGCCGGCAGGGUGAAUGCCCAGCUACAGCCCUCGGGAGACGGUGCCGGCAGAGCCAAUGCCCAGCUGCAGCCCUCGGGAGACGGCAGAGUGAAUGCCCAGCUACAGCCCACGGGAGACGGCACCGGCAGAGCCAGUGCCCAGCUACAGCCCUCGGGAGAUGGCAUCGGUAGAACGAAUGCCCAGCUGCAGCCCUCGGGAGACGGCACCGGCAGGACGAAUGCCCAGCUACAGCCCUCGGGAGACGGCAUCGGUAGAACGAAUGCCCAGCUGCAGCCCUCGGGAGACGGCACCGGCAGGACGAAUGCCCAGCUACAGCCCUCGGGAGACGGCAGGGUGAAUGCCCAGCUACAGCCAACGGGAGACGGCACCGGCAGAGCCAGUGCCCCACUACAGCCCUCGGGAGACGGCGCCGGUAGAACGAAUGCCCAGCUGCAGCCCUCAGGAGACGGCUCUAACAAGGAGCCUGACUUAAACAUACCAGCUGACAAAGAUACCUCUCUGCAUGCUUCUAGAAGUGAAUCUGGGGAGAGAGUAUUACUGGACUCUGACCCCAGUUCUUUACAGCAGGAGGGACAAGGUAAGUCUUCAGAGCUUACAGAAGAUAUGGGGCCCAGGAAGGCUGAGGAAGGUGAUACAGAGCCUGAAGAAGGUUCACCACCCCAAGAAGAGAAAGAGAUGCCCGGUGUUGCCUCCAGUGAGAACCGUGAAGGGACACUUUUGGAUUCCAUGGAUAGGGAGAAUGAUGACCUUUAUAAGGACAGUCUUGGAAGUGCCAGUGCAGAGAGCAGCCACUUCUUUGCAUAUCUGGUGACUGCAGCCAUUCUUGUUGCUGUCCUCUACAUUGCCUAUCACAACAAGCGAAAGAUUAUUGCUUUUGUGCUAGAAGGAAAAAGAUCUAAAGUCACUCGACGGCCAAAGGCCAGCGAUUACCAGCGUUUGGACCAGAAGAUUUGAUUUCUCUGUUCUUGAGAACUUUGUCCUCCCUGCUGAUUUGUUUUUAAAUCAAGAAAAAUGAAGAAAAAAGUACUGUGACCUAAAAGACACCCCCUCCUCUAGGGUUUGGUGGCACAUCGGGGCUGGCAGAGGCGGGGGGUAUUGCUUAGAUUUUUGCGCCUGCACUUUGGUGACCUUGUACUCCUGUGUCCCCAUCACCUAUGCUGGUGUCUUCCAUCCUUUCCUCCUCUGAGUGUGAGUAGAGGGAGCAUAUGGGAAGCCAGCUAUGACCAAAGGGAGAUUUCAGCCCCAGGCAGGCUACUGCUGCUGACUGCCUUCCCUUGGGCCUUGGCCCUUUUGUAGGUAUCCCUUGAAAAUAGCAUUGCACCCACCACUAUUUAUCUUUGCAGACCCAUGAGAAAACUAGGUUAAAAACUGAACCUAGGAGAAAACUCAACUGCAGGUUGAGGUGCUUUUAUACCAAGGCCUCAUCUGGGGGCCUUACAAAAGAUGUAGAAGGUGAAUGCUGACAGGCAAAGGGCUACUUUGAAUACCUAAUUCUCUGCAAAGGCUUCAGCAGCAAACCAAAACAGCUUUUGAAAAGUGCUUUAUUGCCUGCAAGUCCAACCUGUCUAGUAUAAGUUCCUCACACUUUCUUGAUAUUUUCAUAUUAUUUAAGACAAAGUGAGUCAGCUUCCAUUUGGUUGUACUGAGCAUAAAACUGAACUUGGGGAUUCUGGGAGUAAAGCUGUAAAGCCACAGUUCCCAUCACAGAUUUUUAAAAGUAUAGUUAUGAUUAUUGAAAAACUGUGUUCGUCUAUACUCAUGAUCGUAACAGGAACUUUUUAAAAUAGGGUAAGCUCAUAUUUUGCACAAGAAAAUGUGCAGGAGGGUUUUGGUUUUGAUCUGCAUUAUUUUCCUAGGGCUUUUAUGAAAGGUUUCCCAUAAACUCUCGCCUUUGUUGCCGAAAAUAGACAAAUUAGACUUGUAGUCAGAAACUAACUGUACUGUUUCUUUUACCUUAAUCUAGUUAGUAGUUCACUAUCUGAUAUAGGAUGUCAAGGGUAAUUAGUAAAAACUCUCCUUCCAUCCCGUGUCAGGGGUUAUUAAAAGUUCAGAAAUUCAGAGAAUUCUCCUGGGGUAACUGAGGGUAGUGUUUUGGAUCAUGCUGUGGUUUGAAGUUCUACUUAAAUCCAUUCUAGUUGUGCUACCUAUUAUAGAGAGCCUAAAGAAAGUUGUGCAGAGAAAAAAUGGAAUUAGAAUAGCUGAUCUCAGGGAAACACAAAGAAUGUGGGAAGUGAGGGGUGGGAUGAAUUCUGCACUGUUGAGGAAGUCAGUCUGCAGAAGGGACCAUCCCGUUGGCACGUUACCUUGCACCUUGCUUAAAACAGCAUGGCUUUGAGUUGAGAUUUAUGGAGACAAGGAAUGAAUGAAUGAAUGCUCUUGGCGGCAUGCUCUCUCCCUGUGCAUCAGUCUUACAAUACUUUCCUCUAUUUGAGGAAUCUUCUGUCAGGCUCUCCUAGCAUUCUAGAAAACCAUGGUUCCCCUUUACCUGCCUUUCCUCCUCUUCUCUAAUGUUUUCUGUUUCUCCAUCUACACUAACACCUUUCCUUCUGCCUUCAUGCAUGCCCAGAUUUCCCAUUCCCAUCCAUCCUGUUUGUUACUCCUUCCCUUUGUAACCUUUAUACACUCACUUUGGUCCCUGUCUUCCUAUCAGUAGUGUUUUUCCAGAGGUUCAGAUUGCCUAAGGUAAUGGCUUGUUCUCAAAGCUUAGUCUUGUCCUGGAUAGAUCUGGGCAUUCUUGACCAUCCAAAUUGAAAUCCCCCACUUCUGGUUUCUGUGACUGGUCCCGCUCUACCCUGUGCUGGUGGGGGAACAGAGCCCUCAAAGGCUGGUUUCUCUCUUCCUUCAUCUUCCUAGAUAUUCAUCUAUCCUUCAUUCUCAGAGUGAGUGACUCCAAGUGUUUAUCCUUGACCUAGUUCCCAAAGAACCAAAUCCUGUUGUGUGCUGUUUGUUUGCUCUGUUGGCACUAGAAACUGCAGUUCUCUCUUCUACCCAUUAAGCUGUCCAUCUCAGCUGCCCAUUUUAAUCAUCUCAGCUCCAAACCAUUUUUACCUGUUACAACAGACCUAUCCAUUGAAAACAAGUCUCCAGUAUAAUCUGUUUUCCUUGCUUUCCUGUCAUCACAUACCCUCACCAUUUAUUUCACUUCUCUCCUGAAUUCCCAACCCCUUCCCCCCAAGAGCCAUCCUAACUGGUUCUUCUGCCCAUCUUCUCUCAUGUGCAGAUUGAUCUUUCCAAAAUCCUUGCCCUGAUCUAAAGCUUCUGUCUACCUCUCGUGGCUUAGCGAAUCUAGCUUUUAUAGACUAUAGUGUUCAGUCUAUAGAUUGGCACUUUCUUGCCGGUCUUUCUCUGCAUCCUAUCCAGGCCAGAGGUUCCUCUUGUCUGGCCCAUCUCGGCCUCUCUGCCUUUUUGUUGUUGCUGUGCCCGCCGUUCCCUGGCUUCCCUGGUGGUUCUUUGGUUGGGGCGCACUCCCUUCUCUUUCACUUGCCUCCCCCAGUGUUUCUUCAGGGCCCAGCUCAGGUUUUCCCACGCACCUUCUUAACUCCCCCACCACACAUGAUUGUUGGCUCUUUCCAUUCUAUUCUAAUAACUCUUAAUGCCAGUCACAAAUUUUGUCACUCUAGCAAAAAAGAGAAGAUGUUAUCUGAUGUCUGUAUCUGGUCUCUGCUCCCCAAAACAAAGCUGCUUGCAGGAGUGCCCUUGGCACCGUCCGCAUAGCUGCUUAGUGCCGUGACGUCCCCGAGGUACUUCAGGAGUUCAGUGUCUUGCAGAGACGCUUUCCUUGUUCAGGACAUUGGAAUGCGACUUAACUGAGGUCUCACACAGCUCUUCCUGGCUACUGGCUGCUCCCCCUGACUAAUGGAUUUUGCUUGUAAGGAGGGGAGCAGAAAGAAAGAUUGGUUUUAGGAACCAAGAAGAUUGGCACCAAGUGGAUGUGUAAGGAGUCUGUGGAGUCCGCAUAGUUCCAUUUUUUGAGCAUCCGAGAAGUAUUGUUUCUUGUGCUAAAAGAGUGCAAUAGAAUUUAAGCUUCACUGUAGAAAUUACACUGAAGAAAAUCUCUCACACCAGUGGAAAACUUUUCCUCAGCAGUUGUCCUUUUGAAGAUACCCUGUUGAUAGCAUGUUUUUCCAGAAGUGGUGUGAAUGAGGGUGAGCUGGCUUGAGGAGUCUCUCAGGCCAGGGCUGGAGGAAGGUGCAGGAUGCGGGAGGGAGGAGGCAGAGUGGGCAGGACAGUGAAGCCCCUGUAGUCAUGAGAAGCACCACUGUCGAGAGAGCUGUGUUUCCUUUACUUCCCCAGCUUUUGGGUGAAAGUUGAUUUCCGUAGGAGGAAUCAGCUUCAGUCAUGGAUGUCAGUCGAGGGGUUUGUUUUCCUGGUACAGAUUACUGAGUAAACUUAUUUAAAGAAUCUGCUUCUGGACUCUGGGGGAGCUGAGGCCAAUCUAUCUAGAAAGGCUACAACUCGGAAAGACCUGACAGCUAGCUGUGUGGAUGCUGACAUUUCUUUUCCCAUGAUGGCUUUUAACGAAACAUUUGGUGGUAGAAUUAUAAACCUCUAGAAUUCCCCUGACGGUGAUUGUCAUUUUUUCUCUCCUUCAUGUCAUUUAAAUCAAAAAAAAGGAAGCCUGCUUCUUGUUUUUACAGGGUAACUUGAUACAUAAUGCUGUGUUAUGUAUGUGUGAUGAAAGGUAGCACACUUUGCACAUGUUCUGAAUCAUUUGAACAGGGGAGAGAGUAUCUUGUACACCAGACACCAGGCCCUGGUGUUCUGCCACCUGUUUUAUGAAAAGUCUUCUGAGAAGGUUGCCCUAGACGAUGCCUUGCUUAAGGAAGAAUCCUGGGAAGAGAUUUUCAGGUUCCAUUUAACUAUUCAUCUAGAGAAAGACUGAAUCUCAACUCACCUAGUUCUGCAAGACACCAGUGAGUUUCCUAAAUGUUCCAGUUGAGAAACUCGUCUGUAAUAGUGUUGGGUCUGAGCUGUGUAGUUUCAAGCUGCCAACGAAACCAGCCUCCUCACACUCUUAGAUAAUUCCUUUAAUUCAGAAGUUUCUCAUGUUAAAUAAAUGAUUGUUGAAGUUGUCUCCCUUUUUUGUUUACCCGAUUAGAGUGCCACUGUUUUUGCAAUGUUUUAUAUUUUCAGCUUUUUUAACUUAACUAUGUAAUUACUUAAUUUUAUUUUUUUAAAGCUUAUUUGGUCUAAUGAUAAGUAUUUUUCAGUACGUAAUGUUUUCCUGAGCUUCUCUGAAUGCCGUUUCAAUGUAGUUUUGUAUCGCUGCACAGAAACCAAAAUAAAUUUCAAAUAUUAAAGCUA